AUGAACCCCGAGCGUUCGCCCGGGUGCGCGGCGCGGGCCGGGCGGCGGCAAUGCCCGGCGCGGGCACACGGUGGCGCCACAGCCCCACUUUUGGCGCGGCCGGGGCCGGUCAGCGCCGCUGCCGGCUCUGCGGAUGCACAUAUGGCACAAUAUUAUCGUUUUAUGGUUACAAUUAUGAGCAAUUUGAUACAAAAUGAAAGCUAAAUUAUGCAGUGUUCCUUUUAUUUGUUUAAUUUUGCGCUCUAAAUAUGUAGAAGGAAAAAUAGCGCCGGUUUUGCGUGGAUGGUGAUCGGUACAAUGCCUCUUUUUGGCUUUGUGUUCUCACACAGCGCAGGUUGUGAUUGUUUUCUCUCGUACAUGAUGAAAUGUGUGGAGUUGUUCUCAGGUGCUGGGACUGUUUCGCACAGAAAUUGUUUAUGUUUGAAUCUCCAGGCUCCUUUCUUCCAUAAAAAAUGCAUGGUACAUCAACUGGCGGGUAGACAAAUACAUAAGUAACAAGUUCCUUCACAGUUUCUAGUGGAAGAGGCCGGGUAGCUGUGCUGUUUAAGCAAAUGCCAAAGGAAGUCUUUAAAUUCUGAAAGUCACUAUAGUCAUUGGCAGAGCUCUCCUGAAAGGAGCAAGUAUGUUCUGAACAAAUUCCUUCUUGCCAGUGAGGAAAGUCUCCUGCCACUGCAGUUCUUAUGCUAAAAGUAAAAAUUUUCAUGGCCCAUGCCAGGAUCAGUAUCUUGUUAUAAUGAUCUGUGGGGUCUGUAUUUGUGUAUUCAGGUUCUUAGUUUUUCGUCUCAUAAGAUCCCCUAUGUUCAUUAUUAUGAAAAUGCAUAUUUUUGCCAGUAUAUGCAAUGGCAUAAUUUGUCUUUUUUGUGCUAUGUUCUUCUUUCCUUUUCAGUAAAAGAAAGUUGUGAGCAGAGCCAGCCUGUAAAAUAAAUCUUGGAUUUUUUUUUUUUUUGUGUAAGUAUUCUUUUGUUUGUAUUAAUGAAGAUAAGGGUGGAGAUGUGCUUUCCACUUGGAAUAGAAAAUGCAAGCUCUGAGAUGGUAUUUGCAUUUAUCGAUCCAGGCACAUCUGCUGGCAUACGAUGGUGUAUGAUAUUUUUGUCCUUACCCACCUUUGAACCAGAGAACAUGGCAGAUAAGCUGUCCAGUUUGAUUGGCAUAUUCUGUGGAAAGGCUUUUCAACACGUAGGAUCAAAUCCUCAGCAGUACAGAGAAUGCCAAGAACUUCUGAGCCUUUAUCAGAGGUACCUAGCUGAGCAGCAAGAAAAACUAUCACACUCCCUUUCUGAACUCAGUGCAGCCAAGGAAAAGGAGCAGAAGGUAUCCACUAAGAAGACCUUGUGCCAGCAGCACUCUUUGGGGCUGGACAGCUCCUACUUGGGAGCUGGGGGACCUUGGACUCUUCACAAGAACAGUAGAGCACUGCAGGCUGUAAGCCCAGCUCGUGUUGUGUUGUCUCAGCCUUGCAGAAAUAACCAUGAUUACAGGACUGAAAAGCAUUACAGCCAUCAGGAGUGUCUGAAGGAGUAUGCAAUGGAAAAUGACUUGCACAGAAAGUGCAACAAUGUGAUUUCCCCAGCCAAGCAGAGGAGCCCUCACCAUGUAAGGCAAGCUCAGGAGGUGGACCAGAGGGCAAGUGAAAUUCAGAGUGCAUGCCCUCAGCAAGUGAGUCAUGGCUGUGCCUUGAGGCAUGUGGGGAGCUCAGGGAGCAUGGAAGAGAGCUGCUAUGUCAGCCAGGUACUUAGAAAACACUUGGGGACAGUUCACAAGACCUAUGAUCAUUCGAGGCACUGUCGAGGUUCUAGGCUGAAUCACAGCACAGACUCAGGCCCUAAGGAAACAGAGCUGGCUAAAAGACUGUAUGAAGAAAGAAGGCAGAAACUGCUUCUUCAGAAAAUGGAGCUGGAAAUUGAAAAGGAACGACUCCAACAUUUAUUGACUAAGCAAGAGGCAAAACUGCUCCUAAAACAACAGCAGCUACACCAAUCUCAUAUGGAUUAUAACAGGGUUAGAGGCCAUGUACCUGGCUCAAAAGAUGUGCCCAUUGCUGAAGCACCCAGAGAUCUUGCUCUGAUGAUGAAUGGCAGCAGCAUGGGGCUAAGUGUCCCGGUGUUGAAACAUGAAGAUUAUUUACUGAGGACAUCUCCAGUGAGCAAAAACUCCAGAAAACCAGGGAGCAGUCUUGGGAGCAGUUCAGGGAAGAAAAUGGUUGGCUUUGGUGUAAAUGUGGAUGAUGGGCAAAGCCCUCAAAUGCAGACCAAGAGGGAAGGCACCAAGUCCAGGAAAGGGACAACUUCAGGAAUUAGGAAGGAUGCAGCCAUAUCUCCUGGGUUGAUGGGCAGCAGCAAAGUGCCUGCAACCACAGCUGUAUCACCGAUUCAGCAUGACCCUUCACGGUACCAAGCCUCUCUUCUUGACCUGGUGGAGGCUAUGAACCCAAUAUCAGCUCCAGGACAGCUCUGCCAGGAACCUUGUGACAGGAACAAACUGCACACGCCCUGCUGUGCGAGCCACAGGCUGUCCUCCUCUUGGUGCCAGAGCCCCUGCAGCCCCAGGAGCAGAGCAGAUGAGCUGGAGGAGAGUCGGCUCCUCGAGGAGAUCUUCUUCAUUUGACACUACUCCUUGGUCUACACCUACUCUGAAAUUAUUUGAGUGAUCACUGAUUGUUUUCCAUCUUCUUAAACAUAGCUAUUUAGCAUCUGGGCUCAUUCUGGAUUUAGUGAUCAUGAUGCAAUUAUAUUGUUGGGGUACGCCAAUCAGAAAGUGUUAACUUUUUUUCUAAACCUUUCAUGUGCCAAGUAAUCAAUUUACAAUAGCAUUUUUUUAAAUCUACAACAUUUUCUAAUACAUUGAAGUCACAGUUUUGCCAGCCUUAUAUCGGAAGUAUAUUUCAUUAUUGAUUUUUUUGGCUCUAAAGCAGUUUGCAAGAACUGCCUAACAUUCAACAACCAGCAUGUUCAAAGUAGAUUAUUUUCUAAUUAAACAAGUCUGUUUGAAACCUGGCAUAUUAUAAAGGUACAAGCACUUUAGUAGUUUUUCACUGAUUUUAUGAUCUAUUUUUUCCUUCAACAUUCUGAUAUUUAACACACUGAGUUUUUAGGGGAUAUAUCGUAAUCUCAACUCUACAGUGUCUGAUAAUGUUAAUAGAUGAUGUUGCAAGUUGAUGUACUAGGCACAAGUUUGAAUUAUAUUCCUCUUUAAAUCAGUGCUAUUUGACAGAGUUUAUGUGCUGGGUAAUGUAACCCUGAAACAGCAGAACAGAAUCAGACAUCGUAGAGAUCCAAAACCUAUUUGAUGUACUUUUCAAGAUGAAAUACGUAGUAGUGCUAGUAUAAGAGCAGUCUUAAGACAUUUUCACUAACUUGCACUAUUUUCAUCCUGCAUCCAGGCUCCAUUGUAAAUAAGACAAAUCAGUAAUUAUUUCCACUAGCAGCUCACAAUGCACACUUUCCUGCCAGCUUUAAUUAUUCAUGCUGUAUCUAUUUCAGUUUAUUUAAAUGCAUUUCCAUCUACUGCAUGUACUUGGUUAUUUAAAGAAAUGUGCCGAAUUGGUAAAAAUGACUGCACAUUACAGGAUUAAUGGUCAUUUUCUCCACAAUGCAGUGUUCAUAUUUUAUUGUAACAGUAGCCACCGGCAUGUGUUCCUAGAAAUAUGAGACUAAAAUACUCAUUUUGCACAGUAAAAUUGCAGCAAGGGAAAGGUAGAAUUGAUCCAGUACGGGCAAGUUCUAGGCCAUUUGCUCCCAAACACCACUUCAUGGGCCAGUACUGCUUUUCAGACAGUCUCUUUAGGCAACCCUGCUUAUCUUAAUGGCUGGGUUGAGUUGCUGUACUGAUGCUUGGGGUAUGGCUGCUGCCUGCCUCCCCACCCUGCUCCUGUGCAAUGUGUGAUGCUCUGCAAGGUGGAUCUCAGAUGAGAGCACCGCAGCCCCAGGCAGCACCGUGCUCCAUCAGUGAAACAAAAGGAGAGUGAAGGGGGAGAAGAACCUCAGGUUACUCUGGGCUGCUUCAUUCAGGCCCAGUCUUAAUCACAAAUUAGGUGAUACCCUUUCUGUGCAUUCCAGCUGAAUUUUAAAAGCUGCUUGGAGGAGUUUAAAGGAGGAAAGCAGCAUUGCUGGACCAGAAAAUUACUGUUGUGGAAAGUCCCUGCAUGGUCUGUCCUACUUUUAGUGAGGUAUUACAGUUUUAUGGAAUAUGUCCAUCUGCUGUUGAAUGUCCCUCUUGUUCUACUCCCUGAGCCUGUGAAGGCCCAGGUUUCUGCUAAGAGCCCCAAAGAUUUAUUCAGUGCCCUGGCCCAAGUAGAGCAGAUGGGAAUAAGUUUUCUUAUUCUGUUGGCUGAGUAGUCUGCUGCGUAAAGAGGGCAGGAAAAAGGAGGAGAAAGAAGAGAAGAAUAUAUAAGGACCAGCAGGAAAUUUGGGGAUAACUGUCACAUAGAUCUUAGAGUUUGGGGUUGUUUCAUGGUGUUUUUUUAGCUUUGUUGGUGUUUUUUUUAAGUGUUGGCAUUUAUAGAGAAACAGUUCUCCGAUUCCAAUCCAAUUGCUUCUUGUCUCUUUUCUAGUUUGACUGAAACUUUAAUUGCCUUUUCUGAUAAAUGCUAACUGACCUUUCAAAACAGCAAAAACUACAUGUAUAUUUCUUGAAAGGUGCCUUUGUGUUGAGAACACUCCAUGGGAGCAUUCUGUUCUUUGAUUCUUUUGUGGAUGCCAAUUUUUAUUGCUUUGGGAUUUCUUAUGAUCACUUAAGAAAUUCUAAUUCUGAAGGUGAUUUUUGGUAUGAAUCUAUAUUUUUUGGUUGUAGCUCUUUUUAAAAGGACAUUGUCAGGGUUGUGGGCCCUAUGCUGAAGGUGCUGUCUGUCAGUCAGACCUAUACAGGGGGCACACCUUUGUGAAUCAGUUUUCUAGUAAAAGAUGGUUGAAAUGCCUGAUGGGUGAAGAGCUGUAUGCUUUAACUCUCUAUGAGAUGUGGACAAAAGAAACAAAAGCUAUUAAUUUCAUAGACCCUGUGGAAAGUAAUUUUUUAUAAUGCUGGCUCUUGCUCUAGUUAUCAGCAGUACAUUAGGAAUAGUGUUUAGCAGUCAGUGCAAGCAAAGAUAUUUUGCCAUGAGGCACUACAAAGUUGAAGUUAUUAAAACAUUUAUAGCCUUAGAAAAAAAAAUCAAUGAUUGUCAAAUAGGAAAGGACAAAAUCAGUAGUUGGUACUGGGAGGGGAAUUGUUUUCCAUCUGCUAAAACAGUAGAGGAAAUGCAAAAAUUAAACCAGCAAAAGCAAUGACGUGACAGUGUCCUUUUAAGUUUGAGCUUCUAUAUUGAGAGCUGCUGCUGGGGAGUUGGUCCCGCACAGACUGUUUGUCCAGAGUGUUCCCAGUCAAUAUCCUUCAGCUACACAUCAGGCUGUGUUUGCCACGAGGCUUUGUGGAGUAACAUGACUGUUGCUAAGGCUCUUACCCACACCUUCAGUUUGUGUCCUUCCCACAUGGUUCGUGCACACACACUUGCUGGCUGUUUGUGUAGUUAUUGCUUUUGUGCACCUUGCACAUCACAGACCUGUAAUAAUCACACCCUUUUCAUUUCUAGCCUUUCCAGUCUUGCUGUUGAAUCCCAUCUCGAGCAUGUAUUUAUAUGUGUAUGUGAGGUCUUAAUCUAAUAAAUUAUCUGGGGGUUUAA